CAUAACAAACGUAUAAUAUAGUUCUUACCUAACGAGGAAGUUGGUUUGUCUGUCAGACGGUAUGCUAUCCUGAGGAGACAGUGUUUUCCAACGUUAGUUAGUUAGAGGAUUGGAGGCCAGGGACAGAGAGAGAACACUAAGCUACUUACCAAGGGCUUUGACCACGCCACAGUAUUACCCUCAGGUACAGACCAGGGCCACGUCCCAAAUGGCACCAUAUCCCCUUUAAAGUGCACUUCUUAUGUCCAGAACCUGAUGGCCUGGUAAAAAGUAGUGCACUAGAAAGAGAAUAUAGUUCCAUUUGGGACAAAGUCCAAAGUAUUAGGACUGGAUAGAAGCUGUCCCUAAUCACUGGUCCAAGGUCAGAUUGUUUCACAUUCACUAAUGGUAAAUGUUAUUAUUGGUGGUAAGGUUAUCUGAUCCUAGAUCUGUUGUUAAUAAGGGCUGUAUUACUUGUUCAGGCUAUAGGUCAGCUAGCCACUGGACGGUCUGAGAGCAGAAAUAGUUCACGUAUUUAAUAUGAACUUAAAGCUAAAAUUCCAUGGCAGAAUGUUAAUAAAUGAUACAAUAAUAUAAUAACUGCUAUUAUUUCCAUAACCCAUUCAUGACCACAGCUUGCCUUUGGACAAAAAAGGAAACAAAUAUGUUCAGUGCUGAAUUCCUUUAUUUGUCUUUUACAGGGUUUGACAAUUGAAACUUAUUCCAAAUUUCUUAAUGGUGAACACAUUCACUAAGUACAGCUACCAGGAAUUAUACACACAGUCCAGUUCUCCUGAUGUACACACGGGAGGAGAGAGGAGAAAGAAGUGAACAGAAGCGAGGAGAUGGAGAGGAGAAGAGCAGAGUUCAGCAUCUCUACCACAGGUGGACUGUAUGAAGUCUGAAGAUCAUUAGAUCAAUGAGAUGUGUCGGUUAGUGAUGAUGUCGUGACUUGAUGUGAUACUUUAGCAUUGACCUCAAUUGUCAAAACCAUAAAAAGGGAGAUUUUAAGUAUCUCUUUUAAUAACCAUCUGGAGAUGUAAAAAUGUAUAUCUCAAAUGAGGUGAAGACCGGUCGUACCACAGAAUGUCUACAUGAACAAGCCUGUCUGAGGCACACGGCAUGUACAGAGUGUCUACAUGAACAAGCCUGUCUGAGGCACACAGCAUGUACAGAAUGUCUACAUGAACAAGCCUGUCUGAGGCACACAGCAUGUACAGAGUGUCUACAUGAACAAGCCUGUCUGAGGCACACAGCAUGUACAGAGUGUCUACAUGAACAAGCCUGUCUGAGGCACACGGCAUGUACAGAGUGUCUACAUGAACAAGCCUGUCUGACGCACACGGCAUGUACAGAGUGUCUACAUGAACAAGCCUGUCUGAGGCACACGGCAUGUACAGAGUGUCUACAUGAACAAGCCUGUCUGAGGCACACGGCAUGUACAGAGUGUCUACAUGAACAAGCCUGUCUGAGGCACACAGCAUGUACAGAGUGGGACACUAUAAGGGAAGGGGAGAGCGGGAAGAGUGGUCCAUCUACACUGCUUAAAGAAGGCUAAUCAUAGAAAUGGACUAAGGGUACAUACCAAAUGGCACCCUAUUCCCGAUCCCUGGUCAAAAGCUGUGCACUAUCUAGUGAAUAUGGUACCAUUUGGGAUAGUCACUAAGACUAUAGCCUUCUACUGUGUAAAUGACUACAGCUAGAUGACCUCUCUGGAGGAACAUAAACCACAUGAUGAUCAAAGAAAUGAGAA